GUAGCAUUGUAGCACGUUCAGUGUGUGUAGAAAUAUCUGUGACGUAUGCGAUACGCAAACAAUGCGCCUUCAUAUCUAAAGUUGCUUCCUAGUAUUUUAUUUAUAUAGUGAACCUUUCGUUUAUAUUCUCUGUUGUAUAAUCAUUUAAAUCUCAAUGCAAAUUUGAUAGAUGGAAGAUCACAUAUGAAAAAUACAACAAUACGUGUACACGAUAAAAUUAUAUAUUGAAUUAGAUUUGGUCUGUCUGAGCUGUCAUUUCUGUCAUUCUCCGACUAACCUCUACCUACCUCCUACGUAAGAGUAUGAGAGGUCAUAUUAAUUUCUCACACCUCUGAUAAGAACAAUUAAACGAAUAUGUUCUCGAGCGGGCCAAAUUAUACAAAAUUGAAGACGCAUCUGCGUCUAGCAAUAAAUCGGCUCAAAUUGCUUGAAAAAAAGAAAACCGAGCUUGCUCAAAAAGCACGGAAAGAAAUUGCCGAUUAUAUUGCCGCAGGCAAAGUUGAAAGGGCAAAAAUACGCGUCGAACACAUUAUUAGGGAAGAUUACAUGGUCGAAGCUAUGGAAUUACUUGAAAUGUAUUGUGAUCUUCUUUUAGCACGUUUUGGACUUAUUCAACAAAUGAAGAACUUAGACGACGGAUUGGCAGAAGCUAUUUCUACAAUAAUUUGGGCUGCUCCUAGAAUUCAAACCGAUGUUCAAGAGAUUAAAGUGAUCGCUGACAUUUUAAUGUCCAAGUAUGGCAGGCAAUAUACAGAAGCUUGUAGAGAAGAGGCGGUGCAGACUAUCUCUGAAAAGUUGAAACACAAGAUGAGUGUGCAAUCACCGUCUAAACUUCUUGUUGAAAAGUAUCUUGUGGAAAUUGCAAAGAAUUAUAAUGUUGAAUAUGAGCCAGAUCCUCAAGUAAUGGAUGAAGGACAAGAUGCUAUGUUAAUAGACAUUGGUGCUAAUGGAGAAACUAGAAACAAUUUGGAUAUAGCUUCUGGUGGUGGUAUACCACAACCAGUUGGAUUCAUUGGAUUUCCACAACCUCCACUAUUACCCAAUCCAUCAGCUGAUUUAGUAAAUUCAGAAAAAGGACCUAUAGGAUUUGUACCUCCAUCAGGGCCCUCAGAUAGUAAGAGUCAAAGUGUUCUUUACAAUCCUAAUGUUUCUUACAACAUUCCAUUAGACAAUUCCAAUGGUAACAAGCCUGAAAAUGAUUUACCUCCGCCAUAUUGUUCAUUCCCGCCUGAUUUAAAUAAGCAGUCUGAUCAGAAACCAAAACCACAACCAAGAUCAAAAAUGCCAAUGAAUGACUUUCAGCUCCCAGAUUUGCCAGCUGUACCAUCAGAAGAUGAUCUACCUCCUAAUGAUCCGUCUUCUAACGAAGAUAUUGAUUUUGACGAUUUAAUGAAACGUUUUCAAGAUUUAAAGAAAAGAAAAUAGUCUUUUAUAUUUAUA